GAUGCGGAGGCGGCGGAGAACCGGCACCGGUCGCCACCCUCGUCGUCCACAGCGACGAUGCCGGAUACGGCAUGAAGGUUUCCGGAGACAACCCCGUUUACGUCCAGUCGGUCAAAGAAGGCGGUCCUGCCGAGAGAGCGGGUCUCCACGCCGGUGAUAAGAUAAUUAAGGUGAACGGCGUGAACGUGGUGCAGUCGACUCAUAAGGAGGUCGUCGAGUUGAUUAAAUCCUCUACGCAGGUGGUUUUGACGGUGCAGCAGAAGCCAGUGGCAGCGGGGCUGCAGGUUGGCCUCACGGGGCAGCAACACCAACGACCGGCGAGCCUGUCAGGUGGCGCCACCAUGGUUACGCCCCCGCAACCCACGACUUCGCUUCACCGAGCGUUCACCGCGCCCGCCGGUGGCGCCACCUGCAACGCUCGCAUCACCGCUCCUCAACCGGUUGACCACGAGAAGAAACGUCAGCUGAAGACUCAGCGAGUCCACACGUUUCAACUAAUGCUGGAAAAGGAGCAGAGUUACGUCGACACCCUGCGCAGCGAAUUAGCGAAAGCCGUGGCUGGGAACGCGAACAACGCCUCGACGUUGCAGGCGGAAUUAGCCGGCGCCGAAAGACGAGUACGGACAUUGCAGGACAAGCUAGCAGCUAUUACGACCACCGACCAGCUUUGCUCGUUGGUAACAAACACCUCGACCUCACCCAGCCACGGUUCCCCGACGAGUGGCAGCGGUGGCGACGUGCCGCCACCUCUGCCUUCUCGCAAGUCCCUGUCCAUGCAAAGCCUCUCUCCGCCCCCCUUGCCCCCUCGGCCCCCGCCCGCCCCAAACACGCACAACAUUAUCCAGUCGGAGUUGGAGCGACAUCUGCUGACUUAUUUAACGCCCCCCACCGCCAGUCACGGCAUACCUAACUCUGGUGCAAACCUAGGUUCCUCGGGCUCUCUGAAUAAACAUCAACGAACAAAGUCGAGUCCUGAGCAACUGGGCACAACAUUGAUUUCUCCUUCAGAAGCUAGUAAAAGAUUGAUAGCUGCUGAAUCGAUGAAUGAUCUUUCACCCCCGAAACUUGGCCGGCAUAACAGCAUCGAUUUGGAUGAUCCACCCCACAUCACGCCACCGGGAACACCGCCUCCACCAUAUCCUAUACCUAACCCAGGAUUGGACACAUCUUCUUCAACGUUAAACGACUCCAUGCUUGACGGCUUUUUACCGGUUUCACCACUUCGACAAGUAAUGCCUCCUGAUGUGUCUGGAUUGCCACCUCUUCAACAACCAAUCAUGUCUAUGGAAGACGACGACAUGAGUGAUCAAGAAGUGGGUCAGUUGGAAGAUCACGGACCUUUCAAAUCACUGUCUAAGCUAUGGGAACACCAUGCACAUCUUGCUGUAUUUAUUAAUUAUGUUUUGUCAAACAGUGACCCCUCCAGUCUGUUGUUUUACUUGGUAACGGACUUAUACAGAGAAGGGAACGCCAAAGAAAUGCGGAAGUGGGCAUACGAAAUACACUCCAGUUUUUUAGUACCUGGUGCUCCUCUGCGUUUGAGCAACGUAGACGAAAACGUCGCACGAGAGAUAGACGAGGUUCUAUUAAAGGAAUCCGAUAAGGAGGAGAUAUUGCGAAAGAUAUUCUGGAAAGCAAGAACACGUGCAAAGGAGGAACUGAACGAGCAGCUCGCGGAUUUCCAACAAAAAAGAACUGCGGGAUUAGGUACCUUAUUUGGUCCGAGCGACGCCCAGUUGGACGAAAGUGCCUCCGACAAGGCAAGAGAAACACGGAUCAUCGAAACGUACCUACUCCCCAAAAUGGAACCAUACCUAGAGGAUAUAGAAAAGGAGCAAGUAGAUUUUCGACAAUUCACAACGGCAGCUGGUCUGGCGACUAUUCUAACGAAGAUUUUUCAAGUGCGACCAGUGUCCCUUGAGCGUGUACCUACCUUCGUUGCAAAAGACAAAUCAAAUAUUAAGGCGAGACUGCUCACGGUGAAAACUAGGAAGAUGAUAGUGAGGGGUCAUCAUUUUACGGCUCACCAGUAUUUUACUGUGACUUACUGCAAUCACUGUCAACUUAUUAUCGGUGGAAUUGGUCCUCAGGGAUAUCAAUGUACCGACUGCUCUUUAAAUGUUCACCGUCAGUGUGUACGCGUAGUUGAAGAAAAUUGUCCGGGACCAGUAGUCCGAAAGGAGAAAGCAAAUGACCGCAUCAGUAAAUUAAUGGAACGAAUCCGCUUAGAAAGGAAGCCUCCAUCGUCUCACCAUCAUCAUCAUUCUCAAAAUCAAAUGCAUCUUGAACGCCUGAAACGAUCAGAAGAGGAUUCUGGCGCGUUGACCGAUGGAGAGAAUGGGGAACAUCGCGGAGGCGGUGCAACCGGAAACGCUCGGAGCAGCAGCGAAAGAGGACGCAUUUCCGCUUAUGGCGGAGGUGGCGAUCACGCCGAUAGCAUGGACGAUCCCUCCUCGAGGGAAGACAUAUCUGAAAUGGUGCAGCAAAAUAUAUCCAGUAAGCCAAAGACGUCGAACAUAAACAGGUCUGAAAGUUACAAGGAGCACAUGCACCAAAAGCCACAACUGCGAGAGAAGCGGAAGACUAGCGACCCGAAUCUCUCCAAGACCAAUGAUUGCGAGGCUUCUGGAAGCUUUCCUGGUAACUUGGCGGGUAGCUCCUCGAACAGCAGUUUGUCGACCCGAAGUUUGGAUAGUCCCAGCACCAGUCUGGAACAGGUCCAUCCUGCUUCCUCGGCUGCGAACACAUCGACUUCCUGGGACAGCGAUGUGGACGUCGAGCCCGAUCCUCCCGACUGGAGUCAGGGUGUUGCCGAAGAGGUUCUCUCACGACUCGGUAAUUCCGAGAAGAAGAGACAAGAAGUCAUUAACGAACUGUUCCAUACCGAGCGCUCGCACGUUCGAGCCUUGAAGGUCCUGUCCCAAGUUUUCCACAAGCCGCUGCUGGAGUCCCAGGUCCUUCCUUUGGAUCAAAUCCAGCUGUUGUUUUCGAACCUGGACGAAAUGGUGACGAUCCAUUCGCGGUUCAACCAGGCAAUGAAACGUAAGAGGAAGGAGAAUCCAUGCGUCGGCGACGUGGGUGACCUGCUCCUGGAGAUGUUCGACGGCGAAGCCGGAGAAGCCUUCGAGAGAGCCGCCUCGAUUUACUGCGCCAAGCAACAGGUCGCGCUGGACGCGCUGAGAGACCGUCGUCGCAAGGAUCCGAAGUUGCACUCCUUCCUGAACGAGGUCGAGGCCAAUCCCCUCUGUCGAAGGCUGCAGCUCAAGGAUCACAUCCUAACCGGGAUGCUCAGACUCACCAAGUACCCCCUGCUCUUCGAGAAUCUCGCAAAGUACACCCCGGAUAGCCUGGAGAAGGAGAAGGCGGCCGUGUUGCGGAGUCUGGAGCGCAGCAAGGAGAUCCUAAGCCGAGUCAACCAAGCCGUACGCGAGGCCGAGGACUACCAGCGGCUCGCCGACCUCCAACGCACCAUAGACAGGACCGGCUUCGACAAAUCGGACCAUCCGACCGUGCAGGAGUUCAAGAACUUCGACAUCACCAAGCGAAAGCUCGUGUACGAGGGCCCGCUCCAAUGGCGAGUCGUCAACCGGGCCAAGCCCGUGGACCUGCACGUCGUCCUCCUCGACGACACGAUAUUCCUGCUGCACCGCCAGGACGAGAAGUACCUGCUCAAGUUCAUCAACACGAACCAGGGCAACUCCACCCUGAGCCCCGUCGUCAGGGUGUCCACGGUCCUCGUGAGGCACAACGCCGUGGACAAGAACUCCCUCUAUCUGGUGAACACCUCGCAGAACGGGGCGCAGAUCUACGACCUGGUGGCGGCUUCCCCUGCGGAGAGGAAACUCUGGUGCAAACAUAUCUCCGAGGCCGCCGAGGCGUACAAGGCUCGCGAUCGCGAGGACAGAAGGCCGACCCCUCCUACCGUGUUACCCGAAGAGCCCGCCCCACCUGCCGAGGAACCUCCCGUGUCGGAAACGACGACUUCCGCCGCGAAUCCGGAACUAGAAGAAGAGGAGACGCCGGAAGUCCCAGCGCCGGCAUCUCCUCUUGCCACGACGACUGCCGCCACGACGACGACCGCGUCUACCGCGCCGACGACGCCGACGACCUCGACUACUCCGAGCGAGCAAACUGAACAACCACAAGCUGAGUCGAUCACGACAGGUACUGGAGAAACAUUACGCUUGGUCACCUGUACACAAUGUUCCCUUAUAGACCCCGCCGAAGUGCACGUCGAAGAACCACCUGUUCACAUUGCGGAGCCUGUUCUUACGCCCAUCGAGUGCCUAAGGCGAAAGGACGAACUCAUAAAACAGGCUCUAAACGAAAAACAAGCUUUGGUAGCCGACAUUCGACAUAUUCCUAGAGAAAGCUUCGAGCAUGCGACAGAGACGGCAUCGGAGCCUUUAAGUGUCGCAAAGGAGCCCACAGAACUGAUACUUGCUGCCAUUAGUCAAGCUAACCAACUAGUAGGGAUGCUAAACACUGCACUGACUGUCACCGAAACUGAGGCUGUGCUCGCUUUACGUGGAGCAUCGGCAUCAGCAGUUGCCGGUUGCGAGGCAACUGGUUGCCCUGCCCCACGGAGCCACAUUUAUCCUCAACAACCUGCAGUACCAGUUGUAGCCUUACUACCGUUGUGUACCUCUUUGACGACCCAACUUUCACAACUUUUGGAAAUAGUUAAAGAAAGAGAAGACGAACGGGAGAGGUUACGGAACGAACUGCGAAGGAGCAGAGAGCGACUGCAUGCCAUAGACACGGAGACGCAGCGCCGCGAAUGUCAUCAUACCUCCACUAGCACCAGUCAAACGCAAACGGAACCCGGUGAACUUUCGCAGAUGGACGUUUCGGAUGAUUCCCCACGAGACGAAUUUGUGGACGCCCGCGGUGGUCCGGAAUCAUCCACGGAAGCAGAUAACACCGACGUUGAAAUGGAAACAAAAGUUGUCGGGGACAGUGUAGGUUGAUACGGUUAGAUGUCAUCGGUAAUCGUUUGUCGUAAUCUGGUGCAUUUCAAGAGCUUUUAUCCGCUUCGGCGGGUGCUCGUGCUGGAGGAAAUCAAAAUUAUGUAAAGAGUGACAGAUGGCUAGCAGCUGUUAACCGAAUGUAACAAUGUUAGAUACCUAUUUACGAAAUCAUGGGUCUAAGUUUAAUAACGCCUUCGCCAAAGAUUUUAUGUAAAUAGAUUACUAGCGAAUUGAAGCGGUUACAGUGUAGCGCCAAAUUAUAAAAUUACAAUGGCCAUGCGUAAUAUUUUGGACGUUACAUGUUGUUUUAUGCGGACCUGCUAGUAUGAACGAGGCACUAAACUUCGUCAUUGUAACCAAAACUAUAGUAUCUAUACAAAACGGCGUAAAAUGAUGAACUAUUGCUGGGAAAAGGAGAUGACGUCAUUCCUCGAAAACGCACGUUAACUUGAUUCAAACCAAGCAUCACAUUCGUAUAACGAGAGGCAUGGUUAUUUAUUACGAAAUCUUUUACAAUACUGGAAAUCUCACAUUACCAACAAGUUUUAAUAUUAAGAGAUUUAUUCUUUCUCAAUGUGAAACAGAGUACAGUUGAUUGUUCACUUUACAUGAAAUUAGUGUACGCGCUUUUGCAGUAUUUAGAUACCGACUGUGUUCAGCAUGUAAAAGUAUAUAAAAAAUAUUGUAAUAUGCGGCGUUGCUUCUCACUCGUAUUUACUUAAGCAUUUGUAAUUGUAAUUGAAAGGUUCAAUUUUAUGUCCAAAAGCUACAAUAUAUAACAGGUGUAUCGUUUGCUGUAAGACCGUUGACGAUGAGUAAUACUGGGUUGAUAAAUUUUGCGUUUGCUCCCCAAAAUAAUUGGGUUUAUGAUCAUUGAUAACGCGUAUCUAGGAAAGAGCCUUCGUUAAUGUCAAGUAUCAUUCUUCGCAUAACAACUUCCAGAUAAUUCAACAGCUACAAUUAUUGUUUUGUUAACUAUCCCACUAUUGCUUGAAUAUUGCAAAGGCUUAAUUUAUGUACUUAAUUUAUAUGUAGGUCGCAACGUAUGAGCAUACACCUAAAUUUACCGAUAUCAAAUAAUAUCCCUCGUAAUGCGAAUCUACAAUAAAUUCAAAGGCAGUAGGUUUAAGAAGUAUAGUUAAUGUGAUUGAACUUUUUAGUUGCGCAUGUCGGUGCUACAUCGGAUGACUUGAAGGCGUAAUGUCUCAUAAAUAGACAGAGCUUAAUAUCAAGCAUAGCCUAACAAUAACUGCAAACCAUUCAUGGUAUCUAAUGAAAGUCUACGUUUCACAUUGUCUACGUUUAAGUCCUACAUGUGAACUAGCUACGAGCGAAAUUGGUCGAAAAUCAGUUUUCUAGUGAGUUAUUCUCACUAUUUUUUACAUGAGAGUGUACGACUGUUAAUCAUAAGAAAAACAUCAGCAUAAAGGUUGCCUAAUAAUGCGAA